CCGCUGUCUGCUGUUCCUGUCAGAGCAUCCUGGAGCCUCGUCCGUAGGUGUGGGACCCGCUCGACCCCGCCCUCGCGGCAUGGGGGUCCCCAAGAGGAAGGCCCGCGGCGGCCGGGACGGCGCGGCUUCCCCCGCGGGCGCGGCCAAGCGGGCCCGCACGGAAGAGCUCACGGGCGUGCGCUUCAAGGCUCAGCUGCGGGACCCGCAGGGCGCGGGGCCGGCCUUGGAAGCGUUCGUCGCUGCCGCCAAGCAGCUGCCGCGGGAGGGCGCGCACGACGUGGUGGAAGGCUACGUCACCAUCUCCGUGGAGUGCGCGGAGCUGUUCCAGCUGCUGAGUGGGGAGCGGCCGCCCGAGAGCGAGGUGCUGUUGAUAUUUCAAGCUCUCGAGGCCAUCUUGCUGCGGACAGCGAGCGACCUUUCCCAUUUGCACGUCGUGGGGACCAACAUCGUGAAGAAGCUGCUGAAUAACCACAUGAAGCUCAUCUGCGAGGCCCUGUACGCCUCGGGGUACAGGGUGGCCCGAGCCUGCCUCAGCCUGAUGGCCGCCAUGGUGACCCAGGGCCCCGAGGCCGCCAGGGACGUCUGCAGCCUUUUCGAUCUGAACAAGAAGAGCUUGUACGCCCUGGUGACCAAGAGGGACUCCAAGGGCGUGCACGACGUCCGGCUGGCCUACAUCCAGUUCGCCCUGUCCUUCCUCAUCGCCGGCGACGACAGCACCGUGGUGCAGGUGCUGGAGCUGAAAGAGUUCCUCCCCUGCAUCUUCGCCUCGGGCGUCAAGGAGGAUCGGAUCUCCACGGUCGAGAUGCUGUUGUCCACGCUGCAGACGAAGGUGGUUCACAAUAAAAAUGUCACAAAAACCCAGAAGGUUCGUUUCUUCACCGGGCAGCUGCUGACCCACAUAGCGUCUCUCUACGGCUGGAACGGGGUUGUCGACGUGGACCUGGGGCCCACCGAGGCUCCUGCCGAGGACGCGGGGCGGGGCCUGGUGCGGGAGCGCGUCCACCGCUUCCUGACGGACCUCUGCUGCUCGCUCAGGCACGGCAUCAACUUCCAUGACGCGUCCUUGGGAACCUCUGGCAGAGGAGGGAACCUGACGCUCCUGCACUUCCUGUUGGGCUUGAAAACGGCCCCAGACGACGAGCUGGUGGCCGAGCUGGUGGCGAGCAUCCUCCGAGUGUGCCCGGACCUGCUGCACAAGUACUUCAAGGAGGUCACGCUCUCCUUCCUGCCCCGCGCCAAGGCCACGUGGGCCAACAACAUCAAGCUGCUGCACAAGAUCUACGAGGCCCAGCCGGACGUCUCCCGGGCGUUUCAGACCCGAGAGUUCAUCCCCCUGCCCCGGCUGCUGGCCAUGGUGAUGGUGACCACCGUGCCCCCGGUGUGCAACAAGAUCAUGUUCACCCAGGCACUGAAUUUGGACAGCAAGUCGGUGCGGCACACGGCCCUGGCCCUGCUCCUGUUCAUUCUGAAGCGAGCUCUGAAGACCAUCGACUUCUGCCUGAGCAGCGAGGCCUGGCAGGGGCCCGGCGUGUACACGGCCGCGAUGAUGGAGGACUUUGCGCGGCUCUUCCGCGAGGCCCUGAGCAAGGUCUUCCCCGACCUGAACACCGUCGUGUGGGUCUGGCAGUCCCUCAGGAAGCAGGACACCGGAGAGGGGGCCGAGCAGGGACCGAAGCGGGACAGCGGGGCUCCGGCCGGCGAGGCGGCCCCGGGCGACGACGCGGAGACCAUCCUUCUGAAGGCCGUCCUGCUGCAGGUCAUCUGCCUCUACCAGAGGGUGGUCCCGCACGUGGUCACCCAGUACAACUUCGACUUCAGCAAGCUCCUGAGGGGUGUCAUCUCGGAGCAGGCCCUGCGGGAGCAGGUGCCCCCCGUCCUGCAGCACCACCUCCUGCAGGUGGCCCUGGAGCUGCCCGCCUGCAAGUUCUCCUGGCUGAAGGCUCAGGAGGGCCCGGAGGCGGAGCUCCUCGGCGGUGAGCGGUCCGUGUUCUACCUGCUGAUGAAGAUGUUCGUGGCCAGCACCCACUCCCAGCUCAAGUCGUCCACCAAGCGCCUCAUCAUGAAGAUCCUGCGGGACACGGGCGUGUUCGAGCACACGUGGAGGGAGCUGGAGCUGUGGCUGGAGCACCUGCACGACCCCGCGGAGCGCCGCCGGGAGGCCGUCCUCCAGUUUCUGGAACGCGUGUUGCUGACGUUGGUGGCAAACCCCUACGUGUACACAGACAAGGCCUCCGACUUCGUCCAGGAAGCCAGCACGCUGCAGGCCGCGGCCAGGCAGGACGCCGACGACGCCAGCAUCCCCAUCUCCCACAUCGACGACGUGCUGGACAUGGUGGACGUGCUGGUGGAGGGCAGCGAGGGCCUGGACGAGGAGAUCGGGUGCUCGCUGAGCGAAGACACGGCCCUGCUCACGUUCCCGUUCAGCCCCGUGGCCCCCGCCGCCCUGGAGGCCAGGAACAAGCUGCUCCUCGGGACGGAGCGUGAAGCAGGGGACAGCGUCGUGGCGUACCUGACGGCCGUGCUCACAGACCUCCUGCACAGCCAGCGGGACCCGCUGGCGCUGUGUCUGCUGCUCCAGGCCUACGACACGCUGGCGCCUCCGCUCCCACAGGGCUGCCUGCCGCCGGGCUGUUUCAGCAGCUACUACCGCCUCUGGAUCCCGGAGCCCGCCCGGGAGGCCGCGCCUCCGCAGGUGCCGCCCAGCCCUGCCCCCCAGGACCCCCCGGCCCGCUCCUUCGGUGCCCUGCUGCAGGCGGCCUUCCGGAGCGAGGGCGAGGCCGCGCUGCUGGACGAGGCGGUGCAGGCGCAGCUGCGAGAUGCCGUCCCACAUCUGCCCAUGCACCGCGUCCUGCUGUCCGUGAAGCACGUGCUGCUGUACUUGCGGACCACCGUGGAGCGCUUCCGCCAGCUGGGCAGGGGCGCGGGGCCCCCCCUCCUGCAGCUGCUCCUGGACCUGCUCCGGCGCCUGGUCCUGCACUGCGCGCAGCUGGACGCCCAGAACCGGGAGAAGUGCGAGGCCGCGCGGGCCGAGGCCGACCUCUUCCUGGACGCGGAGUCCGCGGCCUCGCUGGAGCUGGCCGGCGACACGACGCUGGAGGAGGUGCUGGUGGCCACACUCCGCCACCCCACGCUGGAGGGCUGGUUCCUGGCCCUGGAGCGGCAGGCCCUGCCCCCGCACACGCUCAGCCCCGUCCUCGCGAAGCUCCUGGGCGCCCACCUCAGUGCGGGGGUCCUGCCGCUGCUGACGGCGAGCGCCCCGAUUCUCCACAGCCGCGGGCAGCUGGGCCUCCUGGCCAGGUACUCGGAGGCCGUCGCCCAGAGCGUGCUGAGGGAGCUGCGGGACCGGAAGGCGGGCCCGGCCACCGCGCCCAAGGCCCUCCCGCAGCUCGAGGCCCUGCAGGCGCUGCACGCGUACAUGGAGGGCGCCCAGCUCCGGGAGGUCACGCUGGCCCUGCUGAGCCUGCCCGAGGCCCACCUGGUGGCCCAGCGGCCCGCGACGUCGGCCGGGAAGGAGCGGCGCCUGAGCGCGCUCGGCAAGACCCUGGUCCAGCUGCUGACCGGCGGCCCCCAGGGCCAGCUGCCGAGCGGCGAGCUGCUGUGGGCCGCGGAGUACGUGAGAGGCCUGGGGGCGCUGCUGCCCACGCUGGCCGUGGACGAGCUGGACGCCGUGUUCCUGCGCUCCCUGCAGAGGGAGCCCGAGCUGGCCGCCGCGGUGGGGGUCGGCCUGCUGGACUACUGCCUGGCACGGCGCACGCCGGCGGCCCUGGGCAUCGCCACGCUCCUGGUGCAGCGGAGCUGGCCCCACCUGCUGCGGUUCGAGCUGUGGUGCCGGCGGCCGGGCGCGGGGCCCCGCCUGCAGGAGGGCCUGGAGGACGUCCUGCCCCUGGUGCACGGCUACCUCCAGCGCCGGACCCAGGGGCGCCGCACGCGCCCCGCAGCAGCGCCCUCCGCUGUCGUCCCGGUCCUGAGGAAGGCCCUGUGGCGGCGGCUGCAGACCCGGCUCCUCGGUGCUGACGGGCCCCCGGAGGCGGGGCUGCACGCCGAGAUCCUGGCCCAGCUGGUCCCGUUCGCAAGAGCCAAGGACCUGGGUGUCCUCAAGGACCGUUUGCCCAGCGCGCUUCAGACUCCGGACGGCCACCAGAGUUGGAUCGUGGCCGACGCUGUCUCGGCCGCCCUGGAGGGGGCGGCGGCAGAGCUGCGCGCCUGGAGAGAGAGCCUGCUGGCGUCCUGUGUGACGUGGCUGGUCGGGGCGUUCGGCGGCCGGGAGCAAGGCCGAGACGGAGCCCGGGGGCAGGAGGCGCAGAUGCUGCUGAGGUUCAACCAGCUGCUGGACGCGGUUGGGGACGUGGACCCCGGAGAUUGGCAGCGGUUCGUGAAGACGGGACUCAGGUCUCGGUAUCAGGACCCCGCGUUUCUGAGGGCGCUCCACGCCGCCACGCAGCUCCUGUACCGGCCCGAGAGCCCCGUGCGCGCGAGGCUGGUCCCGCUCCCCGUGGUGCACGUGAUGCUGGCCCAGCACUCCCUGUUCCUGCCCACCCUGCUGGCGUCCGGGGAGGAGGGCGCCCCCGACGGCCAGGUGAAAGAGGCGCUGGUGGACCUGCUGGCGGGGCUCGUGCGGCUGUGCCCGUCCGUCUGCGAGAGCAGCCACUUCGCCGUGCUCCUCGGGGCCUACGGCGCCUCCCUCAGCGUCCUGGACCAGAAGAUCCUACUCCUCCUCCGGGCGUACGAACAGAACAGCCUCAGCCUCGUCAGCUUCAGGGUGCUGCUGUGGGGCCCGGCGGCCGUGGAGCACCACAAGACGAGCCGCAGCCUGGGCAAGUCCCUGUGGCAGCAGCCGAGCGUCGGGGACACCCUCCGCCUGCUGGACCGCGACCAGAUGAUGAAGACCAUCCUCCACUUCCCCCAGAACCGGAGGCUGCUGCCCCCUGAGGACACACAGGACCCGAUAUUCAGAGACGGGAGCCCCGCGGACCUCGAUGGCCUGUACGACCCCUGCUUUCUUCUGCACCUCUUCAGCGAGCUGACCAGGCCAGAACUCGUGGUGGAUUGUCGGAAGUUUGUGGAUUCCAACGCUCUGGGCCUGACCGCCGCGGCCCUCAGCAGCUACGACCCCCAGAUGCGAGCCGCCGCCUACUCCGUGCUGGCGGCCUACUACUCGCACGUGGAGGGCGCCCGGUUCCGAGAGCAGCCCCAGGUCCUUUACCUGCUGGACGUCGUCCGGAACGGGGUCCGCACGCAGAACAUGAGGCUCACCUUCACCUUGGCGCUCUUCGUGGCCAAAGCCGCCCUGCAGAUUCUGAAACCAGAGGAGCACAUGUACCUGAGGAUCAGCCAGUUCCUGCUGUCGCACGAGGACCUGAACAUGAGCAAGGUGCCCGGCUUCUUCCAGUUCUUCUACAGCGCGGGCUUCCAGCACAGCGCCGAGCGGGAGUGGCUGUUCGGGCUCCUGCGGGAGGGCAUGCGCGACAAGCACUGCUACGACCUGUACGCCCGGCGCGGCGUCUUCCCCGUGGUGCUCUCCUUCUUCAGCAGCCCGCUGUGCGGCCCCGCGGCCCAGGGCUGGGUUCUGGAGAUCCUGCAGAAGGCCGCCCGCGACGCCCGGGCCGCCCACGCGCUCCUGCGGGACUGCAGCCUCCUGACGUGGGUCCUGCACGCGCUGGAGGGCAGGUUCCUGGAGACGCCGCUGCUGUCCAGCAUCAUCGACCUGCUGCACACUCUGUGGGUGACCAACCUGGGGGGCCGGGGGGCGGAGGCGGGCAGCCCGCCGCCAGGCCAGCCCGGAACCCAGGAGCCCCCGAAGCUGCCGGCCCUGCACCUGGUCAGCGAGUUCCUGUACGUCCUGCUUGCGCUGGCGAAGCACCUGAGGCCCUCCCUGGCCUCCGCGCAGCUGACCAGCUUCUUCGGGGCCCUGGACGCGGUGCUGCGGUGCCGGGCCUCCGUGCUGCGGGCCUUCCGGGCCGCGGGCCGCCUCACCGUGAACGAGACGGUGCUGUCCACCGCGGACGCGCUGCUCCUGCUGCACAAGUGGAGCCUCAUCGCGCGGGACGGCGAGCUGCAGGGGGCGCUGCGGGCCGCCGCCGAGAAGCUCCGCGCCCGGGACCUGCUGAAAAUGCUCAAGGACGGGAGCAAGCCCACGGCGCCCGCCCGCGCCCGAGGCCCUCGGGGCCGGAGGAGGCGGCCUGGGGAGGCGGAGGAGGCGGCCAGCCCCGAGCUGCAGCCGUCCAGCUUGGAGACGUGCAGGGGCCUCCUGCGGUCCAUUCUGACCCACUGGGGGCCUGUGUUCCCCGGCCCGGCGCCCACUCGGGGGCCCUCGGACCCGGCCACCCCCCACAGCCCCGGGUGCACCGUCGCCGCCCUGGUGGUCAGCUGGGUGCUGCGCACGGCGACCGAGUGCCCGCUCGGCGGGGCUGAGGCUGCGGGCCUCCUGCGCUGGCUGCGGGCCCACGUGGAGCGGCAGCCGGAGGCCGUGGCCCAGCUCCUCGGGGACGGCGCGGCGAGGAGCGGCCUGUUCCGGCUGUACAGCCGGCUCUGCGCGGAGGGGCUGGCGGGCCCCGAGCUCAACGCGCUGAUGCUGCCGCUGGCGGCGGCCCUGAGCCCCUCGGGGACCCCCCACCCCCCCGCUGUGGAGACCCUCCACCUGGCUUCCCUGGACGACAAGGAGGAAGCCACGCGAGCCUCCGCCGCCUUCCUGCUGUCCCUGUACAUCCAGGACGUCUGGCUGGGGGCCCAGCGGCCAGACACCCUCCUCGCCCACGUCCAGAUGGUCCGCGAGGCCGCGGAGGACGCGCCCGGCGCUGCCCAGGAGCCCAUCGUCGGGCUCUGCGAGGACAUCGCCGCCCUGGCCCCGGACGCGUGACGCCCUCGCAGGCUCCGGGAGUCCAGGGGGCGGGCGGGGCUGUGUGCAGUGACGGGCUCCUGGAGGAAAAGCUCGCUUUAUUUAUUGGACCGGUGAACAGACGAGGGACUGCGAGGGGGGCCCUUUUCUCGUUCCUCACUCUUAGAGGAAAUUCCUCGCAGCGAGUGGCACUGAGCACGCGAGGGUUCCCGUGUAAAGUUAAAGCUACACGUGCGCAGACGUGUCACAUACAGUAAAAGGCACGAACGGAGAUGGCAGGGCUGUCUGUAGGCACCGGACACGGGUCAGCUCCUGCCGCAGGUUAACGUUCGUUAAACGCACGGGGGCUCUCAGACCCUAUGGGUGCAGUCGCCUUGGCCUCUGCUCAGGGAAGACAGCCUGUAUUUUAACUGAUAAUAAAUGUCUAUUUU